AUGAGCACAGGCGGUCUCGCCCUCGCCAUAGCAGAAACACCGCAUCAAUUCCCCGGCCUCCACCAAAUCGGCCUAACCCUCUUCAUCCUAAACAUCACUCUCUUCCUCUUCCUCUGCACCUGCACAACCCUCCGGCUCAUCUACCACACUUCCCACUUCCUCACUUCCUUCCUCCACCCCCAAGAAUCCUUCUUCCUCGGCUCCUUCUACCUCUCCCUCAGCGUCAUCCUCGCCGGCAUCCAAACCUACGGCAUCACCCACGGUCCGGCUUACCCCUGGCUCAUCGACGCGGUUUACGUGUUGUAUUGGAUCUACGCCGCGGUUUCCCUCGCAAACGCGGUGUUCCAGUAUUGGGUGGUGAUUGAGUGGGGGAAGCGGGGUAUUCGACGAUGUUGA